AUGGAGUAUAUGACGGAAUCCGCCGACCGCACCCCUGGACACAUCUUGUGCUGCGAGUGUGGUGUCCCAAUCAGUCCAAAUCCUGCCAAUAUUUGUGUGGCCUGUUUGCGAAGUAAAGUAGACAUCAGCCAAGGCAUUCCGAAGCAGGUCUGUGUGUCUUUCUGCAAGCAAUGUCAAAGAUAUUUCCAGCCACCAGGAACUUGGAUACAGUGUGCAUUAGAAUCCAGGGAACUUCUUGCUUUGUGUUUGAAAAAAAUCAAAGGCCCUCUGAGUAAGGUACGGCUUGUAGAUGCAGGUUUUGUUUGGACUGAGCCCCAUUCUAAGAGACUUAAAGUUAAACUGACUAUUCAGAAAGAGGUAAUGAAUGGUGCUAUCCUUCAGCAAGUGUUUGUGGUGGAUUAUGUUGUUCAGCCUCAGAUGUGUGGAGAUUGCCACAGAGUAGAAGCUAAAGAUUUCUGGAAGGCUGUGGUUCAAGUGAGGCAAAAGACUUUGCACAAAAAAACCUUCUACUAUCUGGAACAGUUGAUUUUGAAAUAUGGAAUGCAUCAGAAUACACUUCGUAUCAAAGAAAUUCAUGAUGGGCUGGAUUUCUAUUAUUCCUCAAAACAGCAUGCUCAGAAGAUGGUAGAAUUUCUUCAGUGUACAGUUCCCUGUAGACACAAAGCCUCACAGAGACUGAUCUCUCAGGAUAUCCAUAGUAACACAUACAAUUACAAAAGCACUUUUUCUGUGGAAAUUGUUCCAAUUUGCAAGGAUAAUGUUGUUUGUCUGUCUCCAAGACUGGCACAAAGCCUGGGAAAUAUGAACCAGAUUUGUGUGUGUAUUCGAGUAACCAGCGCCAUCCAUCUCAUAGAUCCAAAUACCCUUCAAGUUGCAGAUAUUGAUGGAAGCACUUUCUGGAGUAACCCUUUCAAUAGUUUAUGCCAUCCCAAACAGCUAGAGGAAUUUAUUGUGAUGGAAUGCAGCAUAGUCCGAGAUUUAAAACGCAGUGCUGGGGCUGGAAUGAUAUCAAAAAAGCAUAUGCUUGGGGAAGUCUGGGUACAGAAAACAUCCGAAAUGAAUACAGAUAAACAGUACUUCUGUCGCACUCAUUUGGGACAUCUUCUAAAUCCUGGAGACCUGGUAUUGGGAUUUGAUUUGGCCAACUGUAACUUAAAUGAUGAGCAUGUCAACAAAAUGAACUCAGAUAGAGUCCCAGAUGUGGUGUUAAUCAAGAAGAACUAUGACCGUACCAAACGUCAGCGUCGUAGAAACUGGAAACUGAAAGAGCUUGCAAGAGAGAGAGAAAACAUGGAUACAGAUGAUGAAAGGCAAUACCAAGAUUUCCUUGAAGAUCUUGAAGAAGAUGAGGCAAUUAGAAAAAAUGUAAACAUUUAUAGAGAUUCAACCAUUCCUGUGGAAAGUGACACGGAUGAUGAAGGAGCACCUCGAAUUAGUCUGGCUGAGAUGCUUGAAGACCUUCAUAUUUCCCAAGAUGCUACUGGUGAAGAAGACUCCCCAGUUCUGAAGUUAUGGAUAAAGGCCUGA